CUUGCCAUAUGCAUGCUCAAAAGGAAUGUUGAAUUACCCGCCCGACGCCACCAUCGAUACCGGAGAUGAUGGGAUCCAUCAGUUAUCGCUAUCUCAUCGUCACGGAUGGUUGUAAGCCCGGCAUGUCAUGAAACGAGUCCCCAGGACAUCGGUAUCCAAUACACCGCCCAGGAUUAGAACCGGUCUCAGUAAUAUGCUGUCUGAUUCUAUUGCUCCUGGAUAUGAGCUUGUUGUUGUUGCUCUUACUACCGCGACCUACGUGGUGACCACUUCACAUGUUAGUCUUUACUUUAGCCAAAACCGCAAAGGGGAUUCGAGAGCCUUCAGGCUUAUGGUGUUCACUUUAUGGUUCGUCGAUACCUGCUGUACGGCGGUCAUCUCCCAUUCUGCAUCGAAGAUCAUGGAUGGGAAAAUGUGUAUUCAUUCCCGUAAAUCACCUUCACCUUAUCCAUGGACAUUUGCAUUAGAGAAUGCGUGCUUUAUGAUGUUCGCCAUCCAAGGUUUUUUCAUCAUUCGAACAUGGAUCGCGCGUUCCGUAAAGCAGCAGAUACACAUAGGUCUGAUAACAGUCGCGUUAUGUGCCCUCGCCGCAAGCAUUGUCCUCACCAUCAAACCAUUUCCGCACCGGCUGUUCUCGACGUUUUCAGGUGGUGUAGUAGGUUCCUUGAUUUGCGUGGGUGUCCUGGCCUUUACGACGACGUUUGAUAUCGUCAUAACCAUCGUCUCUUGCUAUUGUUUGGGAACCAAGCGAGACCGUGUCGUUCAAUGGAUCUCCAAGUACCGAGAUGACGCGACAUAUUAUGUCUGUGCUAGGCUCAUCAUUACAGGAAUGGUGCAGGCAGCUGCGAUAAUAACUUACUGCUUGGUUGUUAAGAAGGACGUAUGGAUGCUUGGGCAUCUUGCGCUCAGUAAAGUAUACGUGAAUAACAUUCUUGCAAUCAUUAAUAGCCGACUUGAUGAUCCACACGAUAUUUGUGAAUAUCUAUCCGAGAAGGUGGAGAUCCUUUUCGUACCAAUAGAAGAAGAUUUUCCUGAAGACCUUGUAGUAGCUGAACCGCACAGUUCGGACUUGAAUAUCUCUUCACAGGUGUAACCAGAGAUUCCCGCGACAACAGUACCACUUCAUAUUGAAUUAACUAGAAAGUAUGGCUUCAUAGAUCCGAACUUUGCAUUAUACC